ACCUUAGCGAGGCAGUGCAAGCCGGCGGCGCAGCAAACCACAGCAGGAGUUGGCGAGGAGGCCGUAGCCAUGGGUAUCUCUCGGGACUCCAUGCACAAGCGCCGCGCCACUGGCGGCAAGAUGAAGGCCUGGAGGAAGAAGAGGAAGUAUGAGCUCGGCCGCCAGCCUGCCAACACCAAGCUCUCAAGCAACAAGACUGUAAGGAGGGUUCGUGUCCGUGGAGGCAAUGUGAAGUGGAGGGCCCUCCGCUUGGACACAGGCAACUACUCCUGGGGAAGCGAGGCUGUCACUCGCAAGACUCGCCUCCUUGAUGUGGUUUACAACUCUUCAAAUAAUGAGCUUGUUAGGACACAGACUCUUGUGAAAAAUGCCAUCGUGCAAGUGGAUGCUGCCCCCUUCAAACAGUGGUAUCUCACUCAUUAUGGAGUGGAUAUUGGUAGGAAGAAGAAGCCCCCUGCUGCUGCCAAGAAGGAUGCUACGGAGGAGGGUGAUGCUUCUCCUGCAGAGGAAACCAGGAAAAGCAACAAUGUUCAGAGGAAGUUGGAGAGGCGCCAGCAGGGCCGCACCCUAGACUCUCACAUCGAAGAGCAGUUCAGCAGUGGGAGAUUGUUAGCCUGCAUUUCUUCCCGCCCUGGGCAGUGUGGACGAGCUGAUGGUUAUAUCCUUGAGGGCAAGGAGUUGGAGUUCUACAUGAGAAAACUUCAGAAGAAGAAGGGCAAGGGUGCCGCAGCAUAGAGGAUGCCCAUCUCAGAAUUCCUCCUUUCUCGCUGGUUAUUGUUAGCUGUUUUGGAUCUUUUGUUAUGUUUGUGUAUUUGUGGACUCAUGGAUGGUUGUCUAAACUCCAAACGGAGCUUUGUCAAGCAUGAAAAGCUGAAUAUGGUUUAUUUACUGUAAAACUAUCAGUUUAUAUAUGUGAUUCUGACACCA